AAGUCUUCUGAAGAGUUGAAACCCAGGAAGAAGACGCAAGCGGAGCUUGAUGCCGAGCUCAUGGCAAAGUUGCAAGCGCAUGACAGCGAGGGAGGAGCAGCUGGUGUCGAAUAUGAAGAUGGGAAGCCCGCGUCUAUGAAGAGGAGCGUGCGAAACAAUAUGUUCCGUUACAUAUGA